CCGGGCGCCCUGCUAAACCUAUAGCUAUAGAACAGUAGAAGAACACCAAUAGCCCUUUUACAUCCUAUGGAGACUUACUUUAUGUGAUAUGUGGGCCCUUACCUUGCUCGCAUCCGUUGAUUAAUACAGUGAGACUGCAGCCAUGAAAUCAAACCGUGGUAAUCUUGACCUAAGCUCCCUGGCGUCGUCGGCUCUAGGGGCCAGGGGACAUAUGAGCCUCGAUGAGGGCUUGGGUCUUGUCACGGCCGCCGUUGCGGCUGCCUCUAAGCAGCAGUUGUUGAACUUGGACAAGAAGAACAACAAACCAAAGACGUGGAACACCUCCACCCGGGCAUCGCCUGCAUGGAAGACGAAAACCCGACAGCAAGAGAACAAGGAGAAUAGGACGGCGCUUCCCAAAAAGUUUCAGCAUGUCCAAUCCAAACUCUCGGCGCCGAUUUUCCAGCGCAGGUCGGCUCAUCUUCAACUGGGCGAAGUUGGCGCUAACUCGGGUGCGCUAUCAGCCGGAGCAACGUUGCAGAGUUCCUUGAGCGUCGGAGCGGUAGCUAGCUCUCUGCCGGAGCUACCGCAGUCAGCCGGCGGAGACAUGGAUGCUGUCACCAGCUCAGAGAUAGCGGCGGCGUCGUUGUGUCCAUUUGUUACGACACGCCGUGGAAACAUGUCAGCAAGCCCUUUGCACGAUAGCGGUAACGCAUUUCCGGAAAGCUGGGACCACUCCGUUAACACGCCAGCAGAGUUUGGAGCGGUGGCUACCGCCUCACCCUCUGGUGACGUCGACGACCAAGAAGUUCUGCAACAUGGGGUCGCGUGCGCCCCUGUUGGCAGCCCGCCUACUCACAUCUCUGCGGGUUUGCCGUACGAUGUGUCCGAGGGGCCAACGCCAUCUGCCUCUUGCACUUCCAAGCCAGCGCCGAGCAACACCCCGCCGGAGUGCACAAGCAUGGUGCUGGCGCUGGAGGGUGCAGCGCAACGCGCCGCUCCUGACGCCGCAAGCGGGGAAACGACGUCCUUCCGGGCAUGGCUGGCGUCCAUGGGCAUCGACAACUCUCCCCUACCCGAGGCUGCUCUGCGGGUCCUGUGGCAGAAAACCGUGCAGCAGGAGGCACUGAUUGAGCAGCUUAAGGAGUCCGAGCUGCAGCUCGCGCAACAGGAAGCAGACGAGCGGGCUCGCCAUGUAGGUCUGCUGCUUGCGGAGAACGAGGAUCUGCAGCGGGCCAAGACUCGCCUCCAGAGGGAGCUGCAGGAGGCAAGGGAGCGCCUGGCGCAGCUCAAGGUGGCAUCCAUGCCCUUGGCGGACAGCCCAGCGAUGAUUGUCGGUGCCCGGAGGCUCUCAGGAGACUGGGCCCUGGACCUGUCGCCGCGUGACAACGCCAACAUGGCUUCAUCAGGCCUCGCCGCGUCGGCUUCUGGCGUACGUGAGACCAGCCAGCUUAUUGAAAGUACGGUGCCGAUGGGUGGCAUUGCUAGUCCAGGAUUGAUGCAGCCGCAGGAGCCGAGCUCGCUGCUAACCUGCGAGCAGCCAUUGACUAGCGCAUCCGUUACCAGCGUAUGUCAAGAUGGCGGCCUCCAUGGCGUCUUCACGCCGGCAAGCGACGUCAACAGGCUCGAUGCAACGUCGCCUAACUACGCUGCCAUCUCGGCGAACCAGCAUCCAGGCGCUGCCAAUUGGGAGCCGCAGACGAGCGUGUCCCAGUCGCAACCCUGGCCGUCCAGCAGCUUCAUGGAUCUUGCUGCUUGCGGCGAAAGUCCGGCAAUGGCAUUUGGCGUGUCCGAUGACAUCUUUGGCCUGACACCCGCCAGCGCCAGCGGCUCCAUUGGCGUUGCCCCCUGUGCUGCGCCAGCAUCCUCGGACCCUAUCGCCGGCCUGGGACCAUUCGGCCCAGCAAGCCCCUGUGACUCCAUUGCGCGCUCGCUCGGUGCAAUGUGGAGCCCACCGCCGUCGCUGGGAGCCAUGGACGCCUCUUCUCCGCAGCCGUCCGUAGACGCAAGCGCAGUUUCCGGAUCAUCGCUGCCCUUCGCAUUCAAGGCCUGGGGUACGGCGCAAGCAGAUGGCGGCGCCUGUCCGACGGGGGAAACGGGCACUCCCGGCGAAAUCGGAAGCGUCGGAUAUUCACCGCGACUGUCGCCGGGCCUAAGUGUUGUAUCCCAACCGCAGCAUCCAGUAUCUUUUGGUACGUGGGAUAGUAUUCAGCAGGAAGGGAGUUCCGGGAAGGAUCACGUAAGCCCAGCGCCCUUCGUAGGCUCUAUGCAGCCUGCAUCUGCGGCCACCCCUUCGAGCCAUGACGUGCUGGGCAGCACUGAACCACCUAGCAACCUUUCUACACCGCUGCAAGCAGUACCGGUCAGCCCGCGGGCGUGCGCUGGCCAGCUGCGCUGCAACCCUUUGUUCGAGUCAGAUUCACCCGCGUCCUGCAUGUCGGGUGCCCUGCCAGAGCGCCUGAUUCUUCCAGGCCCUGCCGAGACGCCAAUCCAAAACCGCUUGGCUGAUUUCUGCAGCCUUGCGUCAACGCCGAUGACGAUCCGCAGCGACUACCCAGGCAUUGCGCCCACACCCGACGUUGGAGAGGGUGUUUUCACACCUGCGGGAGCGGUUCAUGAUGUCGUGGAAGAGGCCAGGCCCCCGCUGUGCGAUUCUCCUGCCUCUGGUGCUGACAUGCGAGCGUCUGCUGUGGACCUAAGCGAGAGGCUUGUAGCCUUCGAUACCCGUGAACCUUCCACCGUGGCUUCGCCGGGGCCCGCUGACGUAUCCAUGCCCGCCGUCGCGACCUCACCGGAAGCUAACUCCGGUAGCAUUCAACGCUUCCCAGAGCCCAGUGGCGAUGGCCAGGGGGAAUCCUCCUCGGCAGUCGCCACUGAUGGCAUGGAAGCUGACGGUACCGAGGUGGACAAGCUGGGGGACCUUAUCCUUGGCUUCGCCGUAGCGGACACGCAUGAGACCAGCCCCGGUGCCGCCACGCCCAUCGCGCUCGCCAUCCAGGACGCCCUCGGCUCGGCUAACGUGAUGGAGUUGGCUGACGGCGCCCAGCCUGUGGACCUGGGCGCCUUGGGCAGUCCAGUUGGGGCAGCGGGCGAUGCGGCCAUCGCCACAGCGACUCCGUUCUCGUUUGAUGCAAGCGACUUCGCAGCUGACGGCAGCCCACAGACCUCCUUGGUUGCGGGCUUCAGCCCUCGUGGCGAGCUCACCAGCAGCGUGGCGGCUGUGCAGCCAACCGGUGACGUGCAGGUGCCUAACCUGGACGUCCAAGGGGAGAGCCACUCGCCGGCGGCGGAGCUUGACGACUUGGUGACGCCGGAGAGUACGGAACCGGAAACGUGCGUUGGAGACCAGCUUGGCGAUCUGCGGGCAGCGGCGAUCGACGGCGUCGGCGCCGCCGGCCAAGACGUCGCAGAGGAAACCGGACGGGUGGCUGUGUGCAGCGGUGAUUUGGCGGCACCAGCACCCGAAUAUGCUGUGCUCGAGACCCAGACAGCUGUGGCACAGCAGGCUGCCGACCCAGGGGUCGGCGACUCGACCGUAGCACAUGCGUUCGUGUUCGUCGACUCACAUCCUGGACCAAGCGUAGAGGAGGUCGAUUACCUGGCGACGCCAAAGUCGGCAAGGAGCGCACAAGCCGACCCGGACCAGGACGCCGGUCCGGACCAGGCAACGGAGGGUGAGGUUAGCAGCUCGACCACCAGUAAACUCUUGCCAGCGGGAGAGCACCAGCCCGUGCUACCGCCAUCGCCGGUGACUGCUGAUUCCGAGGAGCAUGCUUCAGAGCCACGGGACGAGGGCUUCAUUACUGCACCCGCCAGUGACCAUGGUUCCGCCGAGUCUAGCCCGUCCGUCUCCGCGAUGGCCGCCCAAGCUAGAGAUGCGGUUCCCGCCGGCAACAGCGCUGCCAAGACUGGGCCGGACUCAGGGUCGCGCUCAUCUGGCUCACACGGGAACAGCUAUCCAAGCACACCCACGGUCAACAGGCAGGCAUCGCCUACGUCCACUAUCUUCGCUACACCACUGGAGGCCUUUGCAACGCCUACGUCUUUAGCCUCCAUCUACAGUGCGGCGCGCCUGACUGCGCUGCAGAUGUACGGAAGUGUGCCGAACUCGAUUGCUCGUGAGCUGACCCCUGGCGCACCUACUCCGUCGGAGUUCUCAUUUGGCUUCGGUCGCCAGCAGUUUGUGGCUGCUGGCAUGCGCUCCGAGGCGCCCACGCCUGCAUUUGGAUUUGGAUUUGCAGCCGGUAAUGUUGCUGAUGCCGAGGCGGCAACACCGCGACUGGGACCCCACCAGCGUGUUGCUGGCUUGGCGGCAUUCGGUUCUCCACUGCCCGUCAUGCAACUGACUCCCGUGCAGCUGCGCGUGCUCGACAGGCUCGCGGGCGAGGUCAUUGCGGCCAUGAGCCCAGUGGUUCACGCUUCGGACAGCGCUUCCGGCUCACCGGCGGUUCAAGGAGGGCAACCCGAGGCAAACAACAGCGCACAGCCCUCGACUGCGACGACGGCCUCCGGCUUCAACAUGGCGCAGUUCCUGGCGCAGCUGCACUCGCCUUUGCCAGCUGCUAUGCAGCCUCAGGGCCGCCGCGUGGCUCCUCCCAACCCAUCAACUGCUGCACCGGUCACGGUUGACGUGCAGCAACCGCAUGCGCAGAAGGGCUUGGUCGCCGCCGGCGGACAGCCGACUAGCAAUGUAACGGCACCAGUGGCACAUGCGCCAUCUCCUGCGCGCAACUUCUCAUCUCUCCUGGCGUUCCUGAACGCAGCGGGUCGACAUGCUCCUACCCCUGGUGUCGCGGCCCAUGCUUCUCGCGCUGUGGACAGUGGGGAGGACUCCCAGACCGAGGCGGAGGCCGUUGGUGACGACACCAUGCCGGCGCCUGAAGAGGAUGCUGCUGCUGCAGCUCAUCGUGACGCUGUCGCAGCAGCUGCCGUCAUCAGCUUUGCGCAGCUGCUGGCGCACCUGCGCUCGCCAAUGCCCCAGGGUGGGGCCGCACGCAACCAGCCAACUGCGCUUCACACUGUCGGUGCUGCUGCGUUAGCUGACCUGCACUCUGGUGUCGAUAGCCCAGUAGCAGCAGCAGGGGCCCACGACUCGCCUGCAAACUCCGAGGCGGCGAGUUUUGGCUUCAGCACAGCUGCGAAGCAGAUGGCUGCCCGUAUGACACCCUCGUCGACGCCUGGUGAGGGAGGUCUCAGCUUCUUGCGUUGGGCCCACGAGGCGCCGCCAUCUUUCCGGAUCGAUAGCGACCUGCGCAGCACUGCCCGUCACGCGCGUAGCGCCAGUAAUCCUCCAUCACCGCUAAGCUUCAGCUUCGGGCUUCAAGCCAACCUUUCUGGGGACUUCACGCCGACGGUUGGAGGUGGGCAUCCCAACCAUAUGUCGCCGUUCAGCUUUGGCCGCUCCGGUAGCCACCAGAACUUGUUCCACCUGGCGACGUCGCCCGCCAGGAUCGAGGAGAGGAUGGAGGCAGUGCACCAGGGCAUCGAGGACGGCGCAGGGAUCGGCAGCCAGGCCACGCCUUCUGGCACUAGCCCAGCGCCAUCUCUUGGGUUCUGGAACUUUGGUGUGGGACCUUCAUGCACGGCUCCAGGUGCAAGCCCAACGGCAUCGCAGCUGGGCUUUACGUUUGGCAACACGUGCCCGAGCGCGAUGGGAACACCGUGCUGGUUUCCUGUGGGCGGUAACGCCGGCGCUGCCGCUUUUGGAACGCCCACCGGGGCGAAGCGGGCGGAAGGUGCUGGCGUUGGCGGGUCGGCAUGGGAUGAGCUCGUCGCGAUGUCGCCAACUCUUUUUGGCAUGGCUGCCGAGGGCAGUCCAGAAGACACUCCUGGUGUUGUGCAGCGCCCUCGCAUGGCAGGCGCCGGCAACGUGGCAGGGGGCUGCCCGGAAAUCUCCCACGCAGAAGCGGCGGCAGCAGCAAUGGCCGGCGUUCCGGAACCUGCAUCAUUCUGGGCCAAUCUCCUCGGCAACCUGCUGUCGCCAAUGCCAGCCAUUACCAGGAGUCGCCGCAUGGAGCAGUCCCCGCCUUCACAGCAGCAAUCAGCGUCACAGGUCAAGGCCGCGCCUUCAUUUGAGGCGCUUCCGGAGGCCUGCAUUCUGGGUGCACCGUCAGCAGAGACACGGGUGCCCCGUGAGGACACGUUCUCAUUCAAUGCGGAGCCAGCCUCCUCCGUCAUCCGCGUGGCCUCGAACCCUCCUGAUACCGCCAGGUCUUCAGCUGUCGUGGACAUGUCCGAGAUCCCAGCGACUAAGACAGACACUGCAGCGCAGUCGUCGCUGACUGGCAAUGGAGCAGCUGCUAACGCAGGCGCCGCGGGUACAGCUGUCAGCUUGCCAGACACCAUCCCGCCCCCACCGUACGAGGACUUGCCCGAGUUGAUUGCGCGGGGUCUGUGCAUGUCGGUUCAGGCAUCAGCUGAGAAGGCGGCUCCCGUCCUAGCCGACGGCAGCGCGGUAAAGACCUGCAGCUCUAUGGGUGAGAACGUCACGCCGCUUGCAUGCCAUCAGCAAGCUGCGGCGAAGCUCGCACCUGUCGUGGCUGCACCUGUGGCGCUGUCUGCCGUCCACCCCGGGAGCCCUGACUCUCCUGCAGGAGACCGCCUCUUCACGCCCACUCGUCACGCACUGGUUUCAGUGUCGUCGGCUGCAGGCGGCUGUAGCCGUGCGGUGCCUGCCAGCCAGCCGUCCGAUACCUUGGUGGUUGAGUCUGUGACCGGCAGCAACAUGGUGGGCAUGGCAGCUUCGCAAGCCGACAUCCAGGUCGGCUGCACGACCGACCCCAUCGUUACGCCUUCCCGCUUACUGCGAACGGCAGUCAGCAGCAACAGCAUGAUGGCGCACGCUGUCACCAGCUCAUCCAUGCACACCUCUCCAGUGCUGAGCUUCGGUGCUGCUGUAGAGAGCGCGCAUGGCUGCUGCUCGUCUCAAGUUGCUGAUUUAACUGGCGUCACUGCGGCUGGUGGAGCACAGCAGCUGUCAGCUACGACAGUGUCUCCGGCGCGCUCUGAAGCCGCUACUCAAGGCGCGGGCCAGGGCGCCGGACAGGAAUCAUCGCUGCUGGUUGACAACAGCAUUGGCUUCUCUGCUGAUGCUGUUGAGCGGCUGCUCUUUUUGACAAGUGAUGCUCGUGGUGAUGUGGAGUGCAUGUCUGCGGUUACGGCGGAUGUUACGUCAGCGCUGCCCGAGGCCACGUCAACGCAGGGAGCAGCUGUUGUGGGUUCGGAUGGCAUGGACAGGCCAGAUGUGGCAUCAGCCACGGCCACGGAUGCUGAGCCGCUGAUCGAUGCGCUGCCAAAGGCAUCGGAGGCGUCAGCAGGCUCAGAUGACACAGUGGUCACAGCCGGUUCAGAGGUGGCGUCUGCCGUACAGGCGACGCCGUGCUUGGAUGCAACUGAGGCCCUCGUGACCACGGAUGCCGACGCUGAAAGCACCCCGUCCAGGCCAGUCGCUGCAGAGUCUGGGGGUGCCGAGGCAGCGGCCGCCAAAGCCGGGCCGUCAACCCCGGAGUCAUCACCGGCCCCGUCCGCGCACCCCAGCAUUUUCGAUGGGGUGCAGCCGGCUUCGAGCAACACGCCCUUCUCCUACAUAUCUGGCACGAUUCCCCCGACGCCGCGGACCGCUGACCUGGCAAGCACGAGCAAGAGCGUCGCCCUGCCAGCUUCUGAGCACGUCGCGGCCGCUGGCCACUUCUGGGCGCCAAGCCCUUCCGGCCUGAAGGGCGCAAUCACCGAGAGGGUGACGUUGGAGGUUCUGAACCGGCGCAUUAGCGCCAGCGCUGACCUCUUGCUAGAUUUCCAGGGCUCUCCAGGGCAUCCGUACGUGCCUCCAGCGUCGGUCACCGGUGCAACGACUCCGCGCCUGAAGGGCAACAGCACAGGUGCAUGCACCCCGCGGUCCUUGGCGUCGGCUAUGGUCAGCCCCGGCCGCAAGGGCUGGGCGCCGCCUCGUUGCGACCCAUCCACCCCCACGGGUGCGGCGGCGUCCCAGCCAGCUGCGGUUGCCCAGCCCAAUGAGGUCUCUCUGCUGCCCAAGGCGGCCGCCACCUCGGGAGCCGCAGGCGCCGCUGUCCACCAAGCCGCCGCGCCCGCAGCAGCAGGAGCGGCGGGUGUGCCGGUGAAGGCUGUUGACGCUGCGGAUGCAUCCGCCAGCGCCCGCGCACGCUUGCUGUUGUCCGAGCAGGCACCACCUGUGCAACAGCUGAUAGCUGCCAGCGUGAACAACACCUUAGCCUCGGCAGCCGCUGCAGUCCUUCACCCCGCUGGCGUGCCUGCAGAUCACGUGCCGCUCAGCCAGCGGCUCGGUCUAUGGCCCGCAUACCCCGCUGCUUGGGGCGUGCCAUGCGAGUGGUCACAGUCAGUCAUGGUGGCAGGCGUACCAGUCCUGGCGCAGCCUGCAAAGCCCACAGGCGUAGCGACACAGACUGGCCCUACACCGGUACAGCAGGCGGGGCCGUCGAAGCCCGCGGUUGUAACCCGUGACGUCCAGACGACGCCAGGCUUGCAGAAGCUCUUCGACAAUGCGGCAAAACAGGAGCCCGAGGCCUCUGUAGGCCGCCGAUCGGGUGUCCCGUCGCUGCCUCGGCCGCCUGCCUCCCAGACGUUAAGUGGGGACUCUCAGCAGCAGGGUCCUGCCCGAAAGACGUCCUUCCGCUCUCGCAUCCCUGCAGCAUCGUCCUCAGCGUCUGAAGCAAGCAGCCUUGCAGCUCCGUCGAGCGCCGCUAUGCCUGUCGCAUCCGGGGGCGCAGCGAGCACCGGGGCUCCGGACGAUGACGAUGACAGCAGCCCUGUCCCGUCGGAGCCUAUGGGACGAGUCGGCCGCCGCGGGCGCCUGCUCAGCCACGGCGGCCCCCAGCGUAUCCCGGUCAAGCUUGGCGAGGACGAGGUGCGGCGGCGAGCUAACGUGUUGGGCAUGCGCAUUAGCCCUUACCUGCGCACCAAGCAGGUGCGCGGCCGGGGACCGCAGGCGCCAAAGCCCGAGUGAAGGCCAGGUUUUAAGUGGGAAUUUACGUACGUUUUUGAAGGUAUCCGCGAAAGGUGUAGUAUCGGAUGUUAGGCUUGUUAGGUUGUGCCGUUUUGCAGGGGGCUGUCGAUAGCGUGACAUUGUAGGGGUUUUGGGGGCACAGUACCGCCUCCACGGUGCCUGUCGCCCUAGCGUCGCUCUGGGAUGAAUGCUGUGUGUUUGAGGCUGGGCGCUCUAGUCCCUGUCGAUGCGUGUAAGCGUAUACAUAAGGAGAAAACGAGCGGUGGAGGGCUAAAGCAAUUGCUUAGCGUGUCCUCCCUUGUACAGGCUGGAUGGCUUGAGCUGUUCCCAAGCAUGUGCAACCACAUGCCAAUACGAGGCUGGUGUGUAUAUUGAGACCAUACGUGUAUUGCUAUAAAGGUCAUAACGGACCAGAUAUGUCCAUGUAACAGGGUCAUGACA